UUCGGUGAGGAUUGGAAAUGAAUUUCAACACAUUAUUUGGAAUAUUACAUGGAUUUAUUAAAUAGGAAAAUGCAUGUUCUCUGACAACAGAUUUUUUCCGAAGGGUUUAUCAAGCUAGUUGCAUGUAAUUCGAUCUCAGGAAUCCAAAUCUGCGAGCAGAAUAAUUCCAUCUAUGAAAUUGAUCGAGUUAUCGCCAAUUGAUCGAUUGAAAAAGUGAAAAUUCAAGGAUAUCUCGAUGGGAUUCGAUGCUGGCUCAAUUUGAUUGACGGCUUCGUGUUCGUUCGUCCUGGAAUCGAUGUUACAUUAGAAAGUCACAUAAACAAACAAAACGUCGUUAAUUCGAUGAACUAUACUAUACUAUGCAGAUUUGAGCACGUGUUACGCUUCAUUUGCUAUAGCUAUCAAUGUCAAAUAAUUAAUAACGGCGUCUUCAUUAAAUUAAAUUGUACAGAUAAUGAUUUGCGGAAUUCGUGGAUUAAAUUUUCAACAUGUUAGGGAUUUAUCGAUUUAAGAGAAAUUGAAACAAACAGAACAUUUUUAUCAUAUGCCCCAUAGCAAUCGACAGCAAAAUGCCUGCGAAAUGGACAGAAGCGCGAAUCUAUAAAUUGGUUCUGUCGUACAUAAGACACGAAUGCCUCUGGAAACGUGAUUUCAAUUCGUAUGACGAUUCAGAGGCCCGCUAUAACGCGUAUUUGGGCAUCAUCAGGGAUCUCAAUAUUCAAGAUUUGUCCGUAAAUGAAGUUCGUGACAAAAUUAAGCAGAUAAGGCGAACGUACCGCACGGAAUUGGCCAAAAUACACGAUGCCAACCUCCGGGGGUGCCUUUAUAAACCAAAGAUCACUUGGUUUGAAUUAAUUCAUGAAUUUCUCUACGCUAAUAUUACCGAGGAAAAUUCAAAAAGUGAUACCUCACUAGAAGUGGAAUUGAGCAACAGCAAAAUCGAUGAAUACAAUUGUCGCCUUUUGCAAUCCCUGUCUAGUCCUCUACGUAAUUACCUUGUAAAUGAGCGACCCAGCUGCCUCAAAUACUCUCCGAUUCCACCAAAUCUUAAUGCGUCCCCCAUAAAAUUGACGAAACAUGCUGUACCUCUGCAGAACAAAACUAUUCCGUCUUCACAGUGUAAUAUCUCCUCUUCUUUCCAACGUGUUGAUGCUGCCCUGCAAAGUUUCAUGACACAAGAACCUCGUAUCACAGCUCAAUCGAUGUCAAAUGGUCAAGUGCUCCCUACCGCUGGUGAUUGUUCAUCGAUAGCACUGCCCAAUGCAGAAAUUCAAUCCCUGGCCACAACUGACACAAUGAGAAAAGAUAAGCAUCACAGAAAGUCUGGUGACGAGUUUGAUGUGUUUGGAAAAAGUGUUGCUUGUCAGCUGCGAGAACUGUCUUUAUCACAGGCUCUGAGAACCCAGACAAAAAUUCAAAGCCUUCUUGCCGAAGAGAGGAUAAACUCAAACAAACAGGGCAAUAAAAGCAAAAUGAAACGAAUUCCACAUCGCCACGAAAAUCACCACAAGGAUUCUAGGGCUACACAAUCAUCAAGGAGUAGUCGUUCAUCGUUCAAUUAUAAUUCGAACUUCCAGUGUCCGUCGGCUAGUGACCUGAGUUCUUCUAGAGGGCCAAGCGACAACAGGCAAUCAAAACACAUUGACAUUGGGCAGAAAAUUAAACAUUAA